GUCGGGGCGUGGAAGUUGGGAGAUGCGUUCGAUCGGACUACCAAAUGCCUUGAAUGCAGCCAGGACAUGGAGCUCUUCGGCCACCCGCCCUCUCGGGUUCUUUGGACGGGUCUUGGACGUUGACGCAAUCACAAGCGCUUUACGCCACUGUGGUCGAGUCCUGGCCAUUCAGGAAGGUAUGUCGAUCCACUCGCAGCUAUUGAAACGGGGCCUCUGUCCCGACGUCCUUAUCGCGAAUCAUCUCAUCGAUAUGUACGGGGCCUCUGGGUUCCUUGAUGGCGCACAGAGGCUGUUCGGUGAAAUGCCUCACCGGAAUGUGGUCUCUUGGACCACCUUGAUUUCAGCACAAACUCGUGCUGGCCAUCCUAACUUGGCUAUCGAAACUUUUACCCGGAUGUUGAAUCACGGAUCUGAAGAACCCAAUGGCUAUACUUAUUCCGCCGCCUUGAAAGCUUGUGCCAUUGCUGGCAAUCAUGAGUUGGGCAGGUGGAUCCACAGACAUGUUUUGAACAAUGGAUUGCAAUCAGAUGUGGUCCUGAUGAACGCUGUUGUUGAUAUGUAUAUCAAAUGUGGGAGUUUCAGUGAAGCCCGAUUUGUGUUUGAUGAGUUCUCUCUGGCCAACUCUACCUCAUGGAAUACGAUGAUUGCUGGGUAUUUCAGAAAAGGCAGCGCAUUCGAGGCAGAGAACCUAUUUUAUCAGUUUUCUAAACCGGAUGCCAUCUCAUACAACACCAUGAUCUCUGGGUUUGCAGGAAUGGAAAGCCCAAAAGCAUUAGAUUAUGUUUAUUUGAUGCACUCAAAGGGUUUUAAGCUUGACCAUUAUACGAUUCCCUGUGCUCUAAAAAUAUGUGGGGUCUUAACUUUUUUGAAAAUGGGAAAGCAGAUUCAUAACUACAUCAUUAAAUCUGGUUUUCUCUUCAGAUGCUUUAUUCUCUCCUCGCUGAUUGAUAUGUACUCCAAAUGUGGCCAAAUAAAUGAGGCAAUAAAGCAAUAUGACGAGUGCAUGAACUACAAAGGUCUUACUGACAGAUUACCCCUACUAAAUUCCAUGUUUUCUGGAUUUGUUGGUAACGGAUACACUGCACAUGCACUUGAUCUGAUGUCAGUGAUCUACAGAUCAGGCACUCAGCUUGAUCAUUUUACCUUUUCAAGUGCUCUACGGCUUUGCAUUAACUUACAUAAUAUGCGAAUUGGUCUUCAAGUCCACAGUUUGAUCAUUAUUAGUGGAUUCCACAGAAACCAUAUUGUUGGCAGCAAUCUGGUAGAUCUUUAUUCAAGAUGUGGGAAUUUAGUAGAUGCAUUUAGAUUGUUUCACGAUCUCUCUCACAAGGAUGUAAUUGCAUGGACUGGACUAAUCACCGGCUGUUUGCGAGAAGGGUCAAAUGAGUUGGUAUUUAAUCUGUUUAGAGAAGUGAUUCGCUUGAAAAUCAAGGUGGACCACUUUCUGGUUUCAAACAUUCUUAAAGCUUGUUCGGUUAUUCCGUGGGUUCAAGGUGGAAAACAGGUUCAUGCAUAUAUUGUUAAGGGAGGGUUUGAAUCAGAAAGCAUCACUGUUACUUCGUUAAUUGAUAUGUACUCGAAAUGUGGUGAGAUUGAUGAUGGCUUCAAGGUAUUUGAGUCUGAAGUUGAAAAGGAUACUGUCUGCUGGACUGGGAUAAUAACUGGAUGUGGGAGUAAUGGGAAGGCAACAGAAGCACUGAAGCUUUUCCGGGAGAUGAUAAAAGCAGGGGUGGAACCAAAUGAGAUCACUUUCCUGAGUGUUCUUUCAGCCUGCAGACAUGCCGGCCUGGUUGCAGAUUCAUGCAGGAUUUUCAAGUCCAUGGAAGAUCGGCAUGGCUUGAAACCAUGGAUAGAGCAUUAUCAUUGCAUGAUAGACAUUUUAUGCAGAGCCGGAUUGUUUGAAGAGGCUAGGGAGAUGAUUUCUCUGAUGCCUUAUCGGCAUGAUGAAACUGCACAUAACUCUUUACUUAGCAGUUGUCAGAUUCAUCAAAAUUCAGAACUUGGCAAGCUUGCUCAGGUUGACUUGUUUCAAUCUAUAUCAUGUGAUACAUCAGGGUACAUUACAUUGCCUAAUAUUUAUGCUAGCCAGGGUUUUUCGGAUGUUUCAGCUAAGUUUAGAGAGUUAAGCAGAAGAAUGAAUAUUAAGGAUGCUGGAAAAAGCUGGGUCCAAGUUAGGACUCAAUGAUAUAUCUAUAUCUCGUUGCCAUCCUGAAUAUUGUGGAUUGCAUUUGUUAGUUUUGGGAAGAAUAGACAUGUUUAGAAAGCCUGCAUUCUGGAACAAUGCUUUACCCAAAAGCUCUCAGAAAGGACGCUUAAAUCUUCUGAGGUGUGGAAAGGAUAAAGGGUAUAUCAUGGUGAUGGCUCGUGGAACAAGUAGACAGGCAAAUCAUACUCUUGCUGAAUAUUUUGUUUGCACUAAUAAUCUCAUCUAUAUGACCACUAGAAAUAAUGCUAUUUUUUCUGCUAUUUAGUUUCUAAUAUCUCUUACCAUUGUAGGUUAAUAGCCACUCGAGAAAUGAUGCGAACGAAUGGGUAUAGUUGUCAAUCAUGCCCAAAGAUUUUGACUUGCAUAAGAAAAAAGUUUUGGUACUUCACAUGUGUGGUUGCCAACAUUCUCUUGAGUAGCCUUCGUCAGUUGGAGUUGUCCUACAAACUUUUUGAACAUUGAAAAGAACAUCAUUUCAGGGCAUCCAUGGUGUGAAGCAGGAUGCGUCUCUUAUAAUUCCAACAUCGGCAUCAUCGUUCGAAUCUUCUGAUGUCUAUCAUGUCUAAGGUUUAUCAAGUGGGAAACAACUAAAUCCCAAGUCUCUGUACAGUCUGGCCGUACUACUGCUGAGGAGAGGUUCCAUCAAGAAGAUUGUCC